CUGUACCUCCGCAGCUGUCGCGUCGCCGCUUGACGUCGUUGUUUGUGUUUUGAUGGAAAAACCACGCAACACGAAUGACACGAAAGAAAUAGCUCGUAGCUGUCACCCGUUUACAGCUACUAACGUAGAGGAAUGCGAAAGCUCCGACGAGAACGACCCAUCCCCUUCAAUUUCCACAAUCCAAAAACGCAAAGCAAGCUCAAACCCCCAACUACGCUACCAAUUCCCUCAAUCGAAACCAUUGUCCAACAAGAAACCGCCAAGAUGUCAAACUUCUCGCUCAAAUUCCUCGUCGCCCUCGUCGUCGUCGCCGUUCUCUCCGGCCGAGAAUCCUCCGCCUUUGCCCCCGUUUCCACCCCGUCGUGUGCCCUGUCGACGUCGUCCUCGUCGUCUUCUUCUGCCCUGUCGAUGGGCCUCUUCGACAUGUUCAGCAAGGAAGCCAAGGAGGAGCGCGAGCGCAAGAAGAAGGCGGAGAUCGCUGAGCAGGAACGCCUCCAGAAGGAAAUUAUCGAGCGCCGCCGAAACCCCAAGAAGAUGGAGGAAUACGAGUACAAGACCCAGGUCCGACGGGAGCUCCGCAUGGCCGGAAAGGACGAGGAGGCCGUCGAGGUGGCCAAGACGCUGUACGACGGGGCCGAGGAGCAGACCGACCUCCGGGGCAUGUAGAGUGUUGAUCGCUCUCGCUAGAGCUGUGCGAGCGGGCCAACCGGAAUGUUCGUCGCAGCGAGCUUCGGAUCGCUUUGUUUUGUUUUGUUUUGUUGUGACGAGAGCCCCACCGGUGCCGAAAGCUACAGACACUCCCGCGUGUGCCGAACAAGGGACCGGAUCUCUGCUAUGCCAUGAGUAGCGGCGACCUGUCGCGCUACAGGAAUGGAAAAUUGAUCUAUUGUACUACUAUACUAUAAAAUUCUUUUUAAAUCACAAUUCCAUACGUUUUCGAUUCGGCGUAGUUCAAGGAAUUAUAGGACGGCAAGCGACCGAAGAUGUAGUUGUCGCGGUGUCUCGAUUGUUCCUUUGUCUGAUGUUAGUUUUAGUCGGAUCGCUAUUGUUGGCGUACUGUGCCCGCAAAUUAGCCACAAAUUCGCUGCUCUCUACAAGAGAGUCUUGGUUCUUUGGCUUACUACUGAUACUUCUGUAUCCAAUGUUUCGGUCGUGAUGUCUUUCGGCGGGUGACGGUCACGUUCUCGUUCGAGAUGCCUUUGCAGUGCGAUUAAUGUAGUGUGAUUCCGCAACUCAUACGGUAUACAAAAUAAGUCCCGAUCGGGAUUCAUGGAUACAUACUAUGAAAGGUACGAUACGAUGCUAUUGUGGGUACUAUCGUGGUAGGAGUGGCGCGAUGAAACCGGCGAGUCUGCGAACCGCUGGACACAAACAUCGUGCCAAGAACAAAACACACUUAGUACUUGCUAGUACGAACCUACCGUACUGCAUGAAAUCCGUAGAUUCUUUUCCCAUAACAAUAACUGCACAACACAGCAUCCACUCGACACUCGAUCCAUCAAUCGAGCCAUUCAAAAAAGAGACCGAUUCCAAUUGGUUCGAAUUUGCAAUCGCAUUCGCACCAGAGCCGCCAAACCCACACCAGAUCCGAGAGCAACCAUGGCGAGACUCACCCGGGCUUCCGCAGCGGCAGCAGCGGCGGCAGGUGCUGCUCGAAGAAGCAACGGGAGGCCGGUUCGGGCCUCCCGGGGAAGGACCACCGGGAAGCAAGAUCCCGGAUCGCCUCCCCGAUCGGCUCCGAUCUUAGCUAUCGUGACGCCCCCGUCUUUGCCCCGGAAGCGAAAACGAAAGGAACCCGCACCCGGAUCUCGAUCCGCCGCGAGAACCACCCGCAAAGGCGGAAAAUCUUCUUCUUCUGCUGCUGCUGCAGCACCAGCAGCCGAUGCCGGUGCUUCCGGGCUUCCUCCUCCAACUCCCGGUGCUGCGCUUACCCGCGACGAGAUCCGGGAGAUGGUCCGUUCCGCGAUCGAGAAGGCUUGGGCGGCUCAUCCCGGUGGCGCCACCCGAAGCUUGCAGACCACCACUGCCAACACCACCAUCGACGGGGGCGGCGGCGGCUGGUGCCUGGUGGACGCCCUGGCCCACUGCUCCGCGGCGUCCGACGGGAUCCUCGCUCCCCUGAUCCGGGAACACGGCCCCCCGGGCGUGUAUCUUCGCCGCCUGGCCGGAACGACGCAAGGUGGGUGGACCCAAGCCAAGGCAACCGCAAACGAAAAGGCAGACGAGGCCUUUCGGUCCCUGUGCCGGAUCGUUGCGGGCCAACAGCUGGCCGGGGCUGCCGCCACCGCCAUCUGGAAGCGGCUGCUGGGGGUGGUGGGCGCGACGGAGGAGUCUCCCUCCGGCCUGACCCCCUCGAGCCUCCUGUCCCUGGUUGCGGACGGAACAAGCAACGAAAACGCUGCUCUCCUCGAGGCGAGGCUGCAAAAGCCCGCCGGCCUCUCGAGGGCCAAGGCCCGGUGCGUCCUUUCGAUCGCCCGGGCCUUCGAGGAAGGGGACCUCGGCGGCCUCCUCUCGGCGGAAGCGGGGGGCGACGCUUCCGCCACCGAGGAAACCAUCCGGUCGAGGCUCCUCUCCGUCAAGGGCCUCGGGCCGUGGUCCGUCGACAUGUUUCUUUUGUUCCACCGCUGUUCGCCGGACGUCCUCCCCCUUGGGGACCUGGCGGUUCGCCGCGGGACCGCCGCCCUCUGGAAGCUCCAGGCGGGGGGGAGGGAGGCCCACGGCACCGAAAGGCUCCGCGGCCUCCACGAGGCCUUCCGGCCCUACCGGUCGAUCUCGUCCUGGUACAUGUACAAGGUGGCGGACGGCGAGAAGGAAAAACGAAAGCGGAAGCCACCAGGGAAGCGACAGCGACAGCAACAGCAGACGCAAACGAAAGAAGCACCCACGGCUCGGCCGGACGUGGAAGAAGUGAUGGAACACGUGCAAGAGGACAACGAACUUUUGUGAAUUCCGAUCGCGAAAACGCUGGAGUCGGACAAAGCCCUCGGUGCUGGCAGCUUGUGAUGCGAAACAAACGAUAUAGCGUAAU